GAUGUAUCAUAGGUGGAUUGUGGACAGAUCAUAGUUUACCAAAAGCGGUAACUCCAAAUUGUGUGUAGUGCUCACCCUCCAUUUCUCAACUUUUGUGCGAGACUUGUUUCCUGAGAAGAGUCAAGUCUAGACUUCUAUUUGAUUCUUUGCUCGGGCCAUUGCGGCAUUGACCGCUUCCCCUCUGUGCCCAUCAUGAAGCCUCUUGCUCUCCGCUUGUUUGUGUUCGCUGUUCUACUGGUUCUUGCUGCUGCUUGGACUAAAGAAGAUUAUGAAAUCUUCCGACUCAAUGAUGAGGUCGCAGCCACUGAAGGUGCUAAUGUGACCUUUUACGACUUCCUCGGUGUGAGUCCCAAUGCCAACCAGGACGAAUUGAACAAGGCCUACCGCAAGAAAUCCAGACUUCUCCACCCCGACAAGGUCAAGCGCUCCUUCAUCGCCAACCGCUCCAAGGACAAGGGCAGAGCCAAAACCACCAAGCAGGGCGUCCAUGUCAACAAGGGUCCCUCUCAGCGCGAAAUCGCCGCGGCUGUCAAGGAAGCCCAUGAACGGGCUGCUCGCUUGAACACCGUCGCCAACAUCCUCCGCGGACCCAGUCGUGAGCGUUACGAUCACUUUUUGAAGAAUGGGUUUCCCAAGUGGAAGGGCACCGGCUACUACUACUCUCGAUUCCGUCCGGGUCUAGGAAGUGUGCUUGUUGGGCUCUUUCUCGUUUUCGGUGGUGGUGCUCAUUACGCCGCCCUCAUUCUUAGCUGGAAGCGGCAGCGGGAAUUCGUCGACCGGUACAUUCGUCAAGCAAGGAGGGCCGCCUGGGGCGAUGAACUUGGCGUCCGUGGUAUUCCUGGCGUUGACGCCGCCGACGUCGCUGUCCCUACUCCCCCUCCUGAGCAAGGAGAAGCGACUGCAAUUCCUAUGAAUCGGCGGCAGAAGCGCAUGAUGGAGCGAGAGAACCGCAAGGAAAGCAAGAAAGGUUCAAAGGCAUCACCUCGCGGCUCCGGUACUGCAACACCCACCACUGAGUCUGUCCAGCCGACUGGCGAGAGGAAACGGGUUAUUGCUGAAAAUGGCAAGGUGUUGAUCGUCGAUUCCGUUGGAAAUGUCUUCCUCGAAGAGGAGACCGAGGACGGAGAACGCCAGGAAUUCAUGCUGGACGUUGAUGAAAUCCAGCGACCGACUAUCCGCGACACAAUGGUAUUCCGCGUCCCGAUUUGGGUGUACCGGCAGACCGUGGGCAAACUGACUGGAGCUUCGACCACGGGGGAGCAGGAGGUCGACACUGAAGAAGAAUCAGCAGAGGCCAUGGAGCAAGAAGUUCAAGAUAGCAACAGUUCUGCUCUCAGGUCCAAGAACGGUGCGUCUAGACGGAGAGGCAAACGGGCACAGAGGUCUUGAGUCGGCCUAUCCCCAGGAUGGAUGCGCAAUUGUCAAGGUCGGGCCUUGGCUUAUAUUACUCUUCUCGAGCCAUUAUCGGCGAGAAAGCAUUGUAUACAUGUAUAUCAAUUUUAGACGUAAAAAAGCUACUACAGAAUCUUAUGCCACGCAACACC